AUGAGAAACGGCGGUAAAGACCUGUCUGAGGACGACAUUGAUUCAGACCUCGUGCAAAAAUUCCUAAAAGACAUCGGGAGUAAUAUCCAACAUCAAGAUCUCGCUCAUCCUAGACAGCUUUACAAAAAUAUGAAAUUGGUAAAGGUGAUCGCGCAUACAGAGAAAGAAGGCAAACUAAUCGAAAAAUUAGUUCCUCGAAAUGUGUCUCUGUUGUUCUUUAGUCAAACUCCUGAUGAGUACUUCAGAGGAGCACAAACAGACAUCACGAUAUACAAUGCCGACGGUGAAGUUACACAAGACAUGAAAAUCAAGGGACCGAUUGACCAUCAGAUCAGCGAGGUAAUAGAUUUCAUUUUGAUGGAAACCAAAGAUGAAGAAUCGCCAUCUUUUGUUCAAUAUCCCAAGAAAGCCCUUCGAGAGGCAGUUGUCAAUGCCUUCUAUCACAGGGGAUAUGAAUCAGAACAUUGCGAUCCCGUGAAAGUGCGUAUUCACACCACUCACAUAGACAUCAUAAGUUAUCCUGGUCCGCAUCAAAGCCUUAAGCCUUCUCACUUCUUAGAGGGCAGUGAUUUUCCUCCAGUAAGGACAAGGAACAGACGAAUUGGCGAGUUCCUUGUGAGUAAAAAGCUGGCUGAGGAGAAAGGGACAGGUGUAAGAACUAUUUUCCGCUCAAUGAAACAAAACGGAAAUUUCACGCCUGAAUUCCUGUUUGAUGAAACGUACUUUCGCGUUCGAUUGCCAAGACAUCCCAAUUUCAUGGUGCGCGAAAUUCUUCAAUUAACAACCACGCUUAAAGGGAGGGGUGAGAAGAGAAUGGCUGUAGAAUCACUUUUACAGUUUCUAGAGAAAAAUCCAGGAAUUCGAUGCGAUAGCUUGUUCCAGAAAUUGAUGGAGCUGCACGAUAAUGACAGGAAUCAUCCUAACGUUGAGAAGUACAAGGAAUUUGUCACUGAUCGCUUGGAACGAAAGGCUGCUUUGGCAUCAGAGCUUGACGAAUGGUCUAAAAACCCAUUGGACAUAGAGAAGGGUGUCCAAAUCGUGAAAAGCCUUGUAAAAGAAGGUGCGACCGCUGAGGAUCUGAGAAAAGCGACCAAAAUUGCUGUCGACAUUUUAAAAGAAGAGCAUGUUGAACAACAAUUAACCUUAGUGGCCAACCAGAAAGCGCACCAGCUUAUCCAGGCAAUGGGCAGUGUGGUCAAAACAGAUGCAUAUCUGUCUUACCAUUUUGCAAAAUGUAAACUCACUUUAUUUUCAACGAACACAAGAGCUAGGAGUUUAAAGGAACGAUAUGAAUUUUCUUCCUAUCUCACUGAAGCCAGAGACUGUGCCGACUAUGCCGUGCGACUGACUAGUGAGGACAACAACCUCCAUCUUGCAAAUGGAUUUCGCUUACUGGGAUAUAUCCAAUCACGACUCCGAACCUUAAAGAAGGCAACAAUAGCCGACAUUCAGAAGUGUUACGAUGAGGCCAGAAGGUACAAUCCAAAAAUACACAUUAAUGUAACGUUCAUACCGCCAGAUUUAAGGGGCCGUUACAAAGUACCAGAAUAGGACUCCAUGCUUCAUCGAUGAACGAGAGAAUACGAGCCUUUUAACUCAUGUGACUACAAUUUCCCAAAGAGACCUAGAGAUCUAGACUUAGAGGCUACCGCAGAAAAUUAAGUCCUAAAAGUUAGGGGGCUGUUUGGGUAAUUGUUUUUUGAGCUGUCUCUACUUAUAGCGUUAACUGUUUCUUCACAUCAAAAAUACCACCAUGUCGCUUUUCUUUUGUUAAUCACAUCAUAAAUGAAAGGAAAUCUCCAGGUAGUGUUGUUGGUAGCAAAGUUGAUUCGCAGUGAUAUAAAUAAUGAUUGAAAACUAAGGUUAUAAGAUAAAAGACUGGGGCCCACUGAAUAGGAAAAUAUAACAAGGUAUGGUCCGUUAAAAUUUGUUUCAGUAGGGAAGCUGUUCCUUUUAGCGUUGAUUGACGGUGUGGAAAGCAAUGUACCCUUUGAUGCCAGUUUAUGUUAAAACUUCAUUUAAUCACGUGUUAGGAGUCAUGAAAUUAGUGGCACUACAAUCCAACAUUGCAUUGUCAUAGAGCUUAAUAAAAUAA